UUGCGCGAGAUCUUUGGGAACUAUGGACCGAUCAAAGACCUCAAGCUUCCGCUGAACCCAGCUUUCAACGUCAACCGUGGAACGGCGUACAUCCUCUACGAAGAGAUUAACGACGCCGAGAGAGCCAUCGCAAAGAUGCAUGAAGCACAAUUAGACGGUGCUAAGAUCCUUGUCUCAAUCGUGCUGCCC